GGGGCAUUUUAUACCCACUACCAGUGAUGAAUCUUACGAACUUGACUGCAGAGGUCAGCAUUGCACUGCACCACUGGAUUUAGUUGACAUUGUCCAAGUUGCCUGCAUUUUGUCCGAUACGAAGGGGCCAUGACAGCUAUAGGAAUUGAGAUAGUCGGACUAAUGAUGCUGAUAAGGGUCAUUGCAAUGUAUAGAUAUCAACGGGCUGCCAUUGUGCUGGCUGUAUUCUUACUACUAGUUUGGAUUGUAGUAACUGGGUGGUUAUUGAGUCAUGGUGGACCCAUUAUCCACACAGACAACGUUCACUCUUGUACCAUGGUGUUCAAUUCCGGCAGUAUUACUUGGGUUUCGGCCUCGGCUUCAGCCUGGUUGCCUCUCCUCUACGACACGUAUAUCCUUUGUUUGACAUUGAAUUGCACGCUUCCUUUGAUCCGCAAUAAAGAAGCGGGUCAUGUUAUUCGUACUCUCUUCGCAGACGGAUUACUGUAUUACAGCGUCAUCUGCACCGUAAAUCUGGUAUUGACUGUCAUGAUCAUCAGGGCUCCUGAGGGGGUGAAAAAUAUCGCCGCACAGUACGCACAUCUUCGUUUUUACCCUGAUUUUAUUUGCUUACAAUACGCUAUGCACAGGCUUGAACUUGUGUGAGUCCUCAUUUUAAACUAUGAAUAACAACGAUUGACCGAUAUUGUUACAUUACAGUCUCACUGUCACAAUGAUGUCAAGGAUC